CAUGGUCGAACUCCUUUCUUCACUUUAUUUAGCUGUUCUUGCACGUAGCUCCCAAUCUUUCCACUGCUUCAGUUAGUGGAGCAUUUAUUUUUGAGUCAGCUGCAUUUGUCAAGACUGUAACAACGAAAGGCAUUUCCUGAGAAUCUGCAAGGAUGAGCAGCAAGAAAGAACAACAGCUAAGGAAAUUCGGGACCCUAGUUGUGUUUUUUAUCUUCCAAGUUCAGAUUCUGGGUUUUGAUGUUGACAAUCGACCUACAACAGAUGUCUGCUCGACACACACAAUUUUACCUGGACCAAAAGGGGAUGAAGGUGUAAAAGGAGAUAGAGGAGAAGUGGGCAAACAAGGAAAAGUUGGACCAAAAGGACCUAAAGGAAAUAAAGGACCUGUGGGGGAUGCUGGUGACCAGGGAAUGCUUGGGAAAAUUGGCCCAAUUGGUGGAAAAGGUGACAAAGGAGCCAAAGGUUUACCAGGGGUUUCUGGGAAAAAGGGAAAAGCAGGCACGGUCUGUGACUGUGGAAGAUACCGCAGAGUUGUUGGACAACUGAAUAUCAACGUUGCUCGUCUUAACACUUCCAUCAAGUUUUUAAAGAAUGUUAUAGCAGGUAUCAGGGAGACAGAGGAGAAAUUCUAUUACAUCGUGAAAGAAGAGAAGAAUUACAGAGAAGCCUUCAUCCACUGCAGGGACAGAGGAGGAACACUGGCCAUGCCUAAAGAUGAGGCAACCAAUGCCUUGAUUGCUGACUACAUCUCCAACAGUGGCCUCUUCCGAGCCUUCAUUGGGCUGAAUGACAUGGAGAAGGAAGGACAAUUUGUGUAUGCAGACAACAGCCCACUGCAGAACUACAGCAAUUGGAAGGAAGGGGAGCCUCAUGACCCAGCUGGACGCGAGGACUGUGUGGAAAUGCUCAGCACAGGAGAGUGGAAUGACUCUGAGUGCCAAGUCACCAUCUACUUUGUCUGUGAAUUCCUCAAGAAGAGAAAAUAAAAGUGCCAUAGAAUUCCUCUGGCACCUGCUGUGCAUGCAAUAUCCCCUCUUCAUUCACCCACCGUAGGGAGAGCAGACAACAAGGGACAGGGCUCAGUCCAGCCUUCACCUCACUGGGUUAAGCAAGAGUAACUGCUGUUAAGAUGGCAGUGACUGCAAAGUCAGCACAGGCAUGCAGAGAGCAUCCAGCCAGUUGUAAAUUCUGAUUUCAUUUCUAUGUGCCAUUUAGGGUGGGCAUUUCUACACAUAAUUUAGGGGCAAAUUUAGAGCACACAGAGGUGAAUAUGAGUUCAUUAAUGCUAGGAAUGGUAAACUCACUGGUUUAUUAAUUACUGAUGUGUUUCACAAAGUCCACAGACAGAAAGAGUUGGGACCUUUACUUA